AUGCGACUACUUCGCCGGCUUCCUACGAGACAUUACACUUCCAAAGUGGUGUCUGGGGCUGAAAAACCUCGAAUAAAUGAAUUGGGUAUCCAAUACCUAUCGGAGUCUCUCCAUAAGAAAGUGUUUCCCAAAACUUCUGUCAAUGAUUACAAGAAAAAACGAGAUCCUGCUCGUCUCCUACUCGCUCAGAAACAUCUCAAGCAUAAUGGGCUUCUUGACCGUAAAACAAAUAUCGAAGAACCUAUCCAAUUUCCACAUUUUCCUUCCCUUGUAGGAAACAACAUCGAAGAGCAUUUUCACAAAUUGGGCACUCUGUGCUCAGAGCCGUACCUUUCUAUGGCAGAACGGUUUCUUGCUACUAAAACACUUCCCAAAAAACCAACAAAAUGGGUGUUUGAAUCGGGCUGGACUCGAUACACCCCAGGUGCAGACCCUGAAGCCGUGCCUUUUCCCUCGGAAUCUGAGCUAGUCUUUGAUGUCGAAGUUAUGUAUCACAGGUCCCCUUUUGCUGUGAUCUGCACUGCUGUGUCCUCCAAGGCUUGGUAUGGAUGGGUUUCUCCAUUACUAACCAAUUUCGCUAUAGAUCCAUCCUAUGAUGAUUGGGAACAUCUUAUUCCGUUUGAUUGUCUCAGGAACCCAAAACUUCUCGUAGGCUACAAUGUGAGCUACGAUCGAGCCCGGGUCCGUGAGGAGUAUAAUAUAAAGCAGUCGCAAGCUUUUUACUUGGACGGAAUGGCCCUUCAUGUGGCCACAAGCGGCAUCUCAUCACAGCAGAGACCCAUGUGGCACAAGCAUAAUAAGGCCAAAAAGACGACUGAAGAAGAGCUGGAACUCUUUGUCCAGUCUGAACUUGACCAGGAACUUAGUGAUGACCCGUGGCUAAACAAGGGCUCACCAAAUUCACUUGCAAGUGUUGCCAAGUUCCAUUGCGGUAUUGACGUCGACAAGUCUGAUCGUGAGUUCUUCGAAACGACGGAACCCCAAGAUAUAAUAGACAACUUCGAUAUGCUUAUGGACUACUGUGCCAAAGAUGUUGAUGCUACAUUCAAAAUCACAGCAGAAUUGUUUCCUCGUUUCCGCAAAAAGAUACCACAUCCAGUAUCAUUUGCAGCCUUACGACACCUCGGAACAUUGGUACUUCCCACCACAAAAAAAUGGGACAGCUACGUGCUGACGGCAGAAGACUGUUACUUGCAUAAUCGACAACAGGUUUCCGAAAUUCUUAGGGAACGUGCCAAUAGCUUGGUAUCCUUUGUUGAAGCAAAAGAGCCACUUCCAGAUGUCUCAGAUGAUCCGUGGCUACGUCAACUCGACUGGACGUUGAAGGAACAGCGAUUCAAGAAAAAUGGUGAACCGGUUGCAAAGCAAGCAUUUUUGACCGGAUAUCCCGAAUGGUAUCGAGAUCUUUUCCGCAACAAAGAGAAGGAAAUGAAUAUCUCUGUGAGGACAAGAAUCACUCCACUUCUUUUGAAACUCAAAUGGGAAGGAUACCCCUUGCUCUGGACCGACUCAGCUGGUUGGUGCUUCAAGGUUCCCGACGAAACAAAAGAAGUCAAACGUAUGGCAGCCAAGAACUACACUUUAGCAAAACUCAGCGAAGAAGAUCAUGAGAGUCUUCUUGAUGAACUUCGAGACAAUGGACAUUACCAAUUGUUCAAAAUACCUCAUCCUGAAGGACCCUCUAAGCGGUGUACCUCAGUGUUAUCAAAGAGCUAUUUGCGGUACUUUGAAAAUGGAGUACUUUCGUCUGAAUACGAGUACGCACAAGACAUUCUUCGUCUCAAUUCCGAAGCCAGUUACUGGAUGGGUAAUAGAAACCGUAUCUUGGAUCAAUUCGUGGUUUAUUCAGAUACAAGUGGCUCCAAGAACAUGUUCUUCGAUACCAAAGUCAAGAGUCGAGAACACCCAGAAAUGGGAAUAAUACUUCCAAAGUUAUGUUCUAUGGGCACUAUUACCCGCCGGGCAACUGAGAAUACCUGGUUGACGGCUUCAAAUAGUAAGAGCAAUCGAAUUGGUUCGGAAUUGAAAGCUAUGAUUGAGGCUCCUCAAGGUUAUGCUUUUGUGGGAGCCGAUGUUGACUCAGAAGAAUUGUGGAUUGCCUCGUUAGUGGGUGACUCAAUGUUCAAGAUACAUGGUGGAACGGCCCUUGGAUGGAUGACAUUAGAAGGUGACAAAAAUGAAGGAACAGAUUUACAUUCGAAAACGGCAGAAAUUUUAGGUAUUCUGAGAAAUGAUGCCAAAGUGUUCAAUUAUGGCCGGAUAUACGGUGCUGGGGUCAAAUUCGCUACAACUUUGUUGAAACAAUUCAACUCUGAAUUGACAGAUGCUGCCGCUUUGAAAGUGGCUCAGGACUUGUACGCUCGUACUAAAGGACAAACAGGAAAGUCAAAGUUUCUCGAUCGACCUAUGUACCACGGUGGAACUGAGUCUGUGAUGUUUAAUGCCUUAGAAGCAAUAGCGUACCAAGAUGAUCCUCGGACUCCUGUUCUAGGAGCAGCUAUUACCGAUGCCCUUUCAAAGAAGAAUUUGAACAAGAAUAAUUAUAUGACAUCGAGAAUCAAUUGGGCAAUCCAAAGUUCUGGUGUUGACUAUUUACACCUUCUUUUGAUUUCUAUGGAGUAUUUGAUUGCUCGGUACCAAGUUGAUGCCCGUUUGAUUCUCACGGUGCACGAUGAAAUCCGAUACAUGGUCAAGGAAGACCAGAAAUACAAACUUGCAUUAUUACUCCAGGUAUCCAAUCUUUGGACGAGAGCCAUGUUUUGCGAGCAAAUGGGUUUGAAAGAGGUUCCUCAAUCUUGUGCGUUCUUCUCAGAGGUUGACAUCGACCAUGUUCUCCGAAAGGAAGUGACAAUGGAUUGUGUUACACCAUCACAUCCGGAUUCCAUACCGCCUGGAGAAAAGUACACUAUCAGACAGCUAUUAGAAAAGUGUGACUUUGGAAAGGUUUUGGAUGAGGGACGCAAAAAGAGAGGAUAUAAACCUCUUGAUUAUCAGUACCAACCACAAGUACCAGUACUCCAAGCACUACAAGGCGGUAUUGAGAGUUUAUCUUUGGCGAAACUCAGAAUACAAAAUUCUAUCGACAAAGCUGAAUGGCGGAAAGAGGUAAACCAGUUCAUCAAGUUACAAAAGAAUGAGCAAUUGGACGAGAUUGAACGGUCUUUUGAAAAGACUUCAAUUCUGUCCAAACCACGAAAGAGUAUCAAAAAUGAUUUUGAUGUGUCCAGUGACGGAGACGAAGCGCUUCGACACGAAUUAGCGGCUCUGGCGCUUGAAAGCUACGAUGAUCAAAACCACGAUUUUGGCGAUUUUUCAAUACCUGGGCAACAGGUGAAAUAUGUGAGACAAAGUGCGUUCAAGUACAACAAUUAUAAGCCGCAAAAAUACGAUAUCCGAACCAAAACGUGGAGUGCCAAGGUGUCCAGGGCUCAGAAGAAUAUCAAAGAGCCAAAAUCGACACCCAAUGAAAACCGGCAGGUUCUAGGGUUCCACCCCUUUGCAAAGCAGCGCUACGAAGCAAAACGAUCAUUUUCAACGGCGACAAAAACGGCUCGUUCUGUCACCGACCGACGAAGAGGCAACGCCUGGUUCUACUGGAAAGAGGCAUGGCGACGACCCAACCAGCAAUAA